CUUGAGUCGUAAACACUUCUAGCUAUACAGUGUCCCGUUUAUUUGUGCGUACGUUUGAGUCUGUGAGUUUGAAUGUGUGAGAAAUGAGGAGGUUUAUUUGUGAUAGUCUGAGUGUUUAAGAGAGUGCGUGAGAGAGGGAGAGAGAGAGCAAGAGGAAUUAGAUUUUGUUAUCGUGUGAGAGCGAGUGAGGGAGGCAGAAGGACACAAGCCUCUGCCUGCGGGUGGAGACAGUGCGCAGCAGCAAGUCUUCUUAGGCAGGAGCACUCUGACUUGGCUUGUCUUCACUGCUUUACUCAGUGCUACUACAGAGCAGCAGGCAGCCGCCUACCUACAUCUCACAGAAGAGACCGGACUAAGUAAGUCUGUCACCCAGGGUUUGGGUCAGGCCGUGACGCGAUCUCUCUCUUUACAUUACUUUACUCCAACUCUGUUUCUUGGAUCUGAAGACAAGGGCUGCAGAGCAGACGGGAGAGGCUAGAGAUCUCUCUGGCCGGUCAACAGAAUGCAUCUGGUGGUGGAGUCCCCUCAGGAGGCUGUGCUAAAGAUGCUGCCCUAUUUUGUUGAGAACGCCGUGCUGACCCAGAGCGAGAGAUGCUGCAUCCUGAGCGAGAGCUUCUUCAUGGUGAAGGGUGCCGCCCUCUUCCUGCAACAGGGCAGCAGUCCUCAGGACCAGAAAGCUCAUCCCCACCACAAACAUGCAGGAGACUUACCUCAGCACCUGCAGGUGAUGAUCAACAUUCUUCGCUCAGAGGACCGAAUCAAACUGGCGGUGCGGCUGGAGAGUGCCUGGUCAGACAGAGUGCGUUACAUGGUGGUGGUGUACACUAGCGGACGACAGGACACAGAGGAGAACAUCCUGCUGGGCAUAGACUUCAGCGACAAGGACAGUAAAAGCUGCUCUGUUGGCAUGGUGCUGCCUCUGUGGAGUGACACCAAGAUCCAUCUGGAUGGAGACGGGGGUUUCAGUGUGAACACAGUGAGCCGGAAUCAUGUCUUCAAACCUGUGUCUGUACAGGCCAUGUGGUCGGCUCUGCAGAUCCUCCACAAGGUGUGUGAGGUGUCCCGCAGGUACAACUACUUCCCCGGGGGCAUGGCCCUCACCUGGAUGGGUUACUAUGAGAGCUGCAUCGCCUCAGAGCAGAGCUGCAUCAACGAGUGGAACGCCAUGAGAGACCUGGAGACCUUGCGGCCUGACUCCCCCACCAUGUUUGUCGACAAGCCCACAGAAAGGGAGCGGACAGAGUGCCUUAUCAAAGCCAAACUCCGUAGCAUCAUGAUGUUCCAGGACCUGGAGAACGUUACCUCUAAACAGAUCCGGACGGAGCUGGAGCAGCAUAUGAGCUGUAACCUGAUGCAGUACAAGGAGUUCAUCGACAACGAGAUGCUGCUGAUCCUGGGCCAGAUGGACAAGGCAACACUCAUAUUUGACCACCUCUAUUUGGGAUCUGAAUGGAAUGCCUCCAAUCUGGAAGAGCUUCAGGACACUGGGGUGGGCUAUAUCCUCAACGUCACCAGGGAGAUAGAUAACUUCUUCCCAGGAACAUUCUCCUACCACAACAUACGGGUCUAUGACGAAGAGGAUACAGACCUGCUGGCCCACUGGAACGAGACAUACAACUUCAUAGUUAAAGCAAAAAAGAACCACUCCAAGUGUCUGGUCCACUGUAAGAUGGGUGUCAGCCGCUCAGCCUCCACCGUUAUUGCUUACGCCAUGAAGGAGUAUGGUUGGUCACUGGAGAAGGCCUUCAACUUUGUCAAGCAGAAGAGAAGCAUCACACGGCCCAACACAGGCUUCAUGAGACAGCUGGCUGAGUACGAGGGCAUCCUGGACGCCAGUAAGCAGCGCCACAACAAGCUGUGGCGUCCUGACCGCCCCGACCCAGACUGUGACCUCCAUGAGGGCCAGCAGGCCCAGUGCUGUGGGGGGGAGUACCCAGCGAACCGGACCCCUGAGCCGGGGAUGUCCCCCUGCUAUGAGGAGGCUCUUGAGGAGAAGGGGGCGGCAUGUCCCCUUUCCCCCUGCAGGAUGAUCAGUCUGGAGGUAGACCCCGCCUACAACAACUACUACUUCCGCAGGCUGUCUGACUCGGCCCUGGACAGUGACCCCUCCACGCCGGUGCGCGCUCCGCCCCUCCUGGACAUGGAGCGGGUCUUCAUAGAGAUUGAGGACGUGGAGCGCGACGCCCUGCUGGAUGACGAGGCCUUUGAGGGGCGAGAGGGCCUGCCGCUGCCACACUUUGGGCUGGCUGGGGUGGGGACGGCGGCCCAGACCUCUUGCCGAGGACCAGAGUCCCUGGAAGAGCUGCGCCUGCGUCUGGAGUUCAGCACCGUAGAGGAGGAGGAUGAGGAGGAGGUUCAGAAAGAUGAGGCAGAGAUGGAGGCGUUAGCACAGCCAGGAGGAAGAGUGGGGAGUGCAGGAGGAGGUGAUGGUGAUGGAGAGGUAGAGAUGGUUCAGGAAGAGGAGGGAGAGAAGGAGGGCAAUGGGCUGGACCUGGUAACCCUGAACCAGAACUCCAACAAUAACAACCACUUUAAUACCCUGUCCAGCCUCAAUGACACUGCUCCUUCCAAACCCGCUCACCCAGUCAAGCCUUCAGCUCUCUCGCGAUCAGACAACAAGCCCAGCCAUAACAUGGAUUCACUGACCCAGGAUGCUGAUCUCAGCCUUAACCCCACACACCUCCCCAGCGUGCCCAGUGUCUCUGUGGAGGUCCCAAGUGCCACUCUCCCUCUCCCACUUACCUCCCCUGACACACCCUGUACCCCCAGCCUGCUGCACCCCUGUGGCCCUCUGUGUGACUGUGCCAACUGUGCUGCUCCGCCCUCUACACCUCUGCCUGAUGCCCAGGACUCCCCCUGCUCUCUGACAUCUGAGGACAUAGCUGGUGAGGCCAAGGGUGAGGAAGGGGAGCUUUUAGGGGUCUCUGAGCCUCUCCCUGUCCCAGAGCUGCUGGGACUGAACCUGGAGGAGAAGAGGCCGGUGGUGGCCUGCUACGUGGCCCAGCAGCAGGAGACUCUAGUGCAGCUACAGAGGUCAGGGCUGGUCCGCCGGAGGGCAGAGAGGCUGGAGAGGCUGUCAGGUCUGUCCCAGGAGGGGCUUCAUCCCUUGGAGCCUCUAGACAGCCCCCACUCAGGAGCCAGGGAGGGCCCCAGUCCUGUGGAGGUGGAGGAGUUCUCAGCCUUCCCAGAAGACUUCCCCAAGUCCUCCACACCAUGCCCAGUGCCCCUAGAGCUGCUGGUGGUUCCUCUGACUAACGAGGCCCUGCUGGGUGCAGUGGGCUCUGGGGGGCUGACGCCCAACUCUUCCCCCCAUGGCUCCACACUGACACGUAGCUCCAGCAGUGACAGCAUCCGCAGCGUCAGGGGCAAACCCGGACUGGUGCGCCAGAGGGCUCAGGAGAUCGAGACCCGCAUGCGGCUGGCCGGCCUCACCGUGCCCUCAAGCCUCAAACGCUCCAACUCACUGGCCAAACUGGGCAGCCUCAACUUCUCGGCUGAAGACCUGUGCUCUGUCUGCUCCUCGGAUGCAGGCACCCUCCUGCUCCUCUCUCUUUCCCCAGAGCCAGGCCUACAAUGGGAGUGCCCCUCCACCUCUUCCUCCACCCAGCCCAGAGCACACAGGGACCAGACCACCCCAGAGAGAGCACUGUCCGGGGGUCCCAGGAGCUGACAGGAAGGAUGGAGGGACACUCCUCCACCCAUCCCUCCAUCCCCCAAUCUGAGCUGGGGAGGGUCACACAGAUUUUGGAGAGGGGAGAGGGACAGUCUUAAAAAACAAAUGUGUAUAUAGAAUUAUACAUGUAUAAAUAAACAUUUUAAUAAUAUAAAUAUAUAUAUUAAUAUAAAUCCACAUCAUAUUUAAGGAAAAAUAAACAGAAUCCAAAUAUUAUACCAUAAUUCAGACGGUAUCUUGGUUGAAGGCUGCUCGGUAUCUUGGUUGAAGGCUGCUCGGUAUCUUGGUUGAAGGCUGCUCGGUAUCUUGGUUGAAGGCUGCUCGGUAUCUUGGUUGAAGGCUGCUCGGUAUCUUGGUUGAAGGCUGCUCGGUAUCUUGGUUGAAGGCUGCUCGGUAUCUUGGUUAAAGGCUGUUCUUGCAUGGAGGGCAAUGAAUGUGUGCGCAAAGAUGAAUCUCAUACAGAAGACCUGGUCUCCAUCAGGACUUAAAGUGGUUUUCAUGUCUGGUCCUCUGCCUUUCUAGCUGUCCAGAGAUCAGAGUUACAGCUUCAUCAUUAUCAUAAUCAUUAUCAUCACCAUCAUAUACCCUGCCUUUCACAAGCAGAUACAUUUUGUUUUUAUCACAGACUUUAUCAUCACAAUUUGUUGUUUACUUUUCCAUUGGUUAAUGUUAAUUGUGGUGUAUUUUGAUUAAGUGCUGCCUUAGUCAGAGUUGAUCAUCAGAUGAUAUUGAUUUUGCGCUAUCAUUGGGUAUAGAGCUCCCGAAGUUUCACCAUGUGCUGAAAACAAAGGGGAGAAGUGGGUAUAGUUGUCUGUGUUGUAUUUGUCACUGCUAUCUUGGGUUCAGUAAGCAAUAUGAGACGCACAUAGACCGUAAACUUGUCAUAACACAAACAGCACCAUUAAUUCUGUGUGCAUCAUGUAUUUUGGAGAGAAAUGUCGCGAUAGGUCAAAUGUAUGUGACAUCAUCAUAUCGGGUAUGCUAAAAUGUUUUCUUCCUCUUUUCACCUCAGUGUUAAUGACUAUCCGUUACAGGUUGGAGGCUGUUACCAACGAUGUGAUAUUAGAAAUGUAUUUAAAAAAUCAUACAAGCAUAGAAUCUAGCUCCUCUGCUUCUGAGCCUGCGUUGUAUUUAGGUAUUUGCAUAAAAAAGUUAAUCAAUCAGAUUAAUUUUGGAUGAGCCAAAUAUAUAUCAGAAAUCAUUUUCAAACAAUUCAGAUCCCAAAACAUAGAAUACAAAAACAAAAACACCAUAGCCCCCUCCUGUAAGUACUGCAGUGUGAUUCCACUUCUGUAAGAAAAGUAAUUCCUUCAUCCUAGUCCCCUCCAUUUCUGACGCUUUCAUGCUAUAAUGUCCUCCAAGCUUCCAACAUGUCCCCGUGUCAAAACAUCCAGGUAUCAUUCCAAGAAUCUUCUGGGACCAUUCAACCUCUGUGACACCGCGGUGAAGUGGUGCUUUUCAUUUUGUUCAAGUAGUUCUACAGACCCCGCUCUUGUCAGGUGAGAAGUUCACAUGCUUUAUCAUAGAGAUCCUACAUCUCUACGGGCUGUAUGUUGUAUCUAUAUAGGAUCUCUACAUGCUGUAUGUUGUAUCUAUAUAGGAUCUCUAUGGGCUGUAUGUUGUAUCUUUAUAGGAUCUCUACAGGCUGUAUGUUGUAUCUAUAUAGGAUCUCUAUGGGCUGUAUGUUGUAUCUAUAUAGGAUCUCUACAGGCUGUAUGUUGUAUCUAAAUAGGAUCUCAACGGGCUGUAUGUUGUAUCUAUAUAGGAUCUCUACAGGCUGUAUGUUGUAUCUAUAUAGGAUCUCUACGGGCUGUAUGUUAUAUCUAUAUAGGAUCUCUACAGGCUGUAUGUUGUAUCUAUAUAGGAUCUCUACAGGCUGUAUGUUGUAUCUAUAUAGGAUCUCUACGGGCUGUAUGUUGUAUCUAUGUAGGAUCUCUACAGGCUGUAUGUUGUAUCUAUAUAGGAUCUCUACGGGCUGUAUGUUGUAUCUAUAUAGGAUCUCAACGGGCUGUAUGUUGUAUCUAUAUAGGAUCUCUACAGGCUGUAUGUUGUAUCUAUAUAGGAUCUCUACGGGCUGUAUGUUGUAUCUAUAUAGGAUCUCUACAGGCUGUAUGUUGUAUCUAUAUAGGAUCUCUAUGGGCUGUAUGUUGUAUCUAUAUAGGAUCUCUACGGGCUGUAUGUUAUAUCUAUAUAGGAUCUCUACAGGCUGUAUGUUGUAUCUAUAUAGGAUCUCUAUGGGCUGUAUGUUGUAUCUAUAUAGGAUCUCUACAGGCUGUAUGUUGUAUCUAUAUAGGAUCUCUACAGGCUGUAUGUUGUAUCUAUAUAGGAUCUCUAUGGGCUGUAUGUUGUAUGCAGGGUAGUCCGUAGUUGUCUGGUUUAUAGUCUUAAUAUGGUUGUCUCCUGAGCCCCCCAUACUGUACCUGGACUCUCACCUGAGAUUCAACAACAGUAGAGUACAUGAGAAUGAUAUGAUGACACAGCCAAAGGGGCCGGAGAAAGCCAUUCGCUUAACAACAUCUUGCAGCUCCUUUCUACCCUCCCUUCCCAACAUGGAUUAGCCUGUGUCUAGGCCUGGAUUUACCCGUGUAGUUGUACAGGUUCUUUCUGAGACUGGCUACACUAAACACUAAUCUUAUUAGGGGUAGCGAAGUAGUAGCGAAGCUGAGAGAAACCCUAUUGUAUUUGUUGCCGUUCAUUGUUAUACCGGUUCUUUCCGCAAGGAAAAGUAACAUGCAAAUUCCUGUGUAAUGGUAGGGCUGAGGAGGGUACAACUUGGCAUGAUGGGAAAGGCCCAUAGUCCACACCGUUUCAUGUAAUGCCACGCCAGGGCCUCAUGGUGGCGCUAUAUCAAGCGCUUGAAAUUGCACAUUUUGAAAGGUCAUGCGCCUUAUCCCAUGUGACCUAUAGUCCUGAAAUUUAGUACACAGGUUUCUCUCCUCACAAGGAACACAUUUUCCUCAAGAUCCCAUAAGGUCCGCUAUGAUGGAUUUUCUGCCAUUUAGAAUUUUUUGAAAAACACUUAAAUUAAAUCUCCUCCGGAACCACUGGGCCGAUCAGGUUGAAACUUGAUUUAUAGCAUCUAUGGACCAAGGUCUCUCAAUACAAUAUUUUCCUGGCUAGCAUCUGAAAGAACAUGAACCAAUAAACAUCCAAGUGGGUGUGACCUGGCACAUAAAUGCAUAAAAAUCUGACACGGUUAUUCGUAUUGUAACAACUUGCUAUACAUGUUCAAAACACUGUCUGAACUUAACGUAUGCAAGCACAUUUAGAUCGACCACACAGUGGCUAGAAUUGGCACAUAUUUACAUCGCUUGAUCUGUUUGAUUUAGUCGUGAAAUUUGGCACACAUGCUCAGGGAGGCGAGUCUUGCUAAACUGUAGAGUAUGGUUCUGUUUGGCCGCAUGGGGGCGCUGUUGGACAUGAAAAAUAAUACAUGCGAGCUCAUUGGCUUAUAGCGGCCAUAUUGUUUGAGCUAGAGUCUUAUUUGAAGACGUGUCUAUAGAUGCUAAAUACCAAAUUUGGUGCUGAUCGGUCCAGCGGUUCUGGAGAAGAUGUUUAAAGUAGUCAACAUUUGAAAGGUCCAAAAUACAUCAAAAGUAUGUUGCAUGAUCUGUUGGAUUUUGAGUUCUGAUAUUUGGAAAGCGUGGGAAGGAGUACAGAAGUGGCUCGCCCUCGGGUGACGUGUUUAAUUUGCUCUGGAGCCAUAGCUUGAACCCCGGCAUGGCUGCUUGCAGCUAUAUGUUAAACUGCUCUCAGUCAGGUUUAUAAUUUGAGCAGGGAACUCACAGGAUUCCCCACCUCCGUAACUUCUUUUUGAUCCACGCUUGUCUGUAAUCAUGUCCUUUAUUGCGUCUGAGAACUGAGUUGUGCUGCAUAAUUGAAUUUGUGAGCAGUUGCAUUGGGAGUUGUACAAAGUCUUCUUUAGGAUCCAGAGAACGUUUUUCUCUGAUCUUUCCUCUGAGGGUCACACCAUUCCUCAUGCAUGAAGUCACAAGAGCCAUGUGCCAUUUCACUUCCAUCAUUCUUCUUUCUCUCCCUCUUCCUGUAUCACUACUGCUGUUCUGAAAGUGUCCCACUGACUAUUUCACAUUCUAUGUCACCCAAUUCAUUCCACUCAGCUUGUCUUCAUCUAUAAGUGAAAAGAAUAGAGGUUCUUUAUGCAACAUCUUGCUACUUUGCCAUAUGUUUUUUUACAAAAAUGUUGCAGUCAAAUAUUUUGUUUUGAAAUGAUUUUUUAAGUUCAGUAUUUGUGUGUUUGUGCAUGAGAGUGGUUACAUGGUUACUGUGAACUAUUUAUGAGAAGUGAAAAUAAACUUUAAAGACAUGAAUAGGUUCAUAUUGCACAUGCAUUUCUCCCACAAGUAUGAGAGCACAUGAAGUAUGUACUGUAUGUUAAUAUGUAUGUACAGUAGUUGAUGAUGUUACAGAAGAUACUGCUGUAUAGUACUGUUUGUAUGUGUCUGGUAACAUGGAGAGCACAGACUUAAUUCUUCCCAAUGACUCCAGUUCCUGUGCGGACACACACACUGUUACUGCAAGCAGUGUCCUUACAGUUUUAAUCAGUUGUACUGUGUGUGUGUGUUUGUGUAUGUAUGUACAUAUGCUAUUUUAUUGAAAUGCUGUGUCAGAGAUGCCUGUUUUUAUUUUUGGUUCUAUUGGGCACAACCCAUACAGCCACUUACCGCUGAAAUCUUGACCUCAAAGAAAGUGUUCAAUUAGCUGGCACAUUGCCUCUGUCUACCCAGGGUUCUCCCCAAAGAAUGUAAUAGAGGCGCUGUGCCACCUUGUGGACUAGCUGCGCCACUAUGUAAUAUUUAGUUAAGUCAAUUAAAAAUAAACAUAGUACUUUAUUUGUUAUCAUAUACGAUUUUUGGGAGGUCUAGAUUGCAGUAAAUGGCAGUUACAGGUGUUUAAAAAAUGCCAAAGUUCCUGGGGAGAACCCUGCUACCAUGAUAACAUUUAUGAUGCACUAUCAAGGAAAAGAUACUGUGUAAAAGUGUGUAUUUGUUGUGGCACACAGAAACACUGAUGUGCACAUAUACAGUACCUCUGUACUGUAGAGAUGGCUCUGUAAUGUUUCUCCCCAGUUUACACCCUUGCUGCUUUCAUUACAGGAUGAGGGUUUAGUUGCCGUUUUUCCUUCUCCGCUGUACAGUAGAUCUCAGAAGGCAGAACGAUGGAUGUGCUUCCCAGGUGCAAGGCCAACAUCUCUGGACAGCAGGGCUGUCCUAUGGUGUGUGAAUGUGUGUGCAAUCAUGUAAUAUGCACACUGGUUAAAAUGUGAGUGGCAAUCUGGUCCCUUUUAAAAAUGUAUGCCAACCUCUGUUGUGGAGUGUGUUCAGUGUGGCGUCUGAUGCUGCACACAGUGCAGAUGGCGGUCCUUAGUGGUAUAUGAGUGUGUGAGCCAUUAGUCCACAUCCAUUUAGGUUUGAUUUAUGGACACACAAGUGCCUUAGCCGGGAGACCAGAGGCAUAGAGCAGUGUGUGUGUGUGUGUGGAGCUGCCAGUAUUUCAGAGGGUUUGGAUGGAAGGGUAGAUGCAUGAUGGGACACUCUGUGGCAAGACUUCCCUUUCGCUUUAGUAGAACAAUAGCCCUGCAUUUCGUUUCAGUUCUUUCAUUGUUGUUAUUUCUCGUAAUAGACUUCGAUGUGAAACAAGAAUCUGAAACCUGGUGUUCCUUUAUUUUUUAACCUUCUGGUACAUUCUUUGAUUUGAAGAGGAAUAAAACUGAAUCUACUCUUCUCUUCCUUAUCACGUUCACAUGUCUAUCAGGGUUGCCGAGACGGGAUCUUGACUCCAAACUUGUUCGUGCCCUUUAAAUGUGGAAGAAGACCAAAGUUCUAUCCAUGGGUGUUGUCACUAAAUAGAGACACCAUUGAAGCUGUUAAAAGAUACAAAAUGAGAAUCAGAAAUGUCUUUUAUUUAUGUGUGUCUGUGAUCUCUGUUACAUCUUAUGUAUUGCACUUUUGGGAGAAACAGAAGUGAUACAGUGGAAUCAUCCGCAUUGUGUCAUACCGAUAGAUGAGUGUUCCUAUCACUAAUGGUUUAUGAAGCUUCUCAUAGGCUUAAAGUCAAACCAAUUUGGCAAAGAUCACAGUGAUAGGUUGCUCCACAUUAUUUUUAUUUUUUUUACAAUUUCUCUUUUUUUAUAUUGAAGUAUGCAGUAAUUUUUUUGUACUGUAAUUUUGCUGUAGUUUGAAUGCAUAUUGCACUUUUUUUUAUUUUUACAUUUGUUAAAAUAAUGUACUGUAUGUGUUUAUGAAAAUAAAUGUUUUUUCAUGCU